UUAAAUAAAGGUUUGUGCACGUGCUUGCGAGUUAUCGGUAUACACGUACGUACGUCGGUGUCUAGUUUCAUGCGAGCGGAAAUGAGGCUAAUGUAUCCCUCUUUGCCAACAUCUAGAUGGACGGCCUGUGAACUUUUCCAAUUAUUAGGAAAGAGGAGAGAGUGCGUUGAAGACGAAAUUCCAAACAAAUUGCACUCUGCGUUGUUAUAGUAACAAACUGUCAACGUCUAGUGUAGACAUGAUUCGUACUGACAGUAUUAGAAAAUUGAUCCCAUUUUCCUUUCACCGAGCGCAGCCCGCAAGAAAGUGUGGUUAUGCUUACAACUACAACGAUCCUGAUGGUUACUACCGUAGUCGCAUAGGAAAUCGGGAAGUUGUUGGUUAUGGCAUGAACGGAGAGCCAGUUUACUUUGAUCGGCCCGAUUUUCCGUUCCCCUCAAUCCGUUACACUGCGCCCAGUUCUGACUUUCUGGCUCUCAGAGAGAAAGAAAGAGGCGAUUGGCGCUUACUUACGCUCUGCGAAAAGAAAGAACUGUACAGAUCCAAUUUCUGCCAAACAUUCACGGAAUUCAUGCAGCCAAGAAGCAGUUGGAUGCUAGUUAUAGGAGGCGUGUGCUUAGUGGUAUCUGCAGGCCUUUGGGCCUCGGUGCUCAUGCACAAAUUUGUUUAUAGCCAGACUCCACUGCCGUCGAGCUUUUGUGAGAGUUCACGGAAAGCACAGCUGAGGCGUAUGCUUGAGAUGCACGUGAAUCCAAUCACUGGACUUUCGACAAAGUGGGACUAUGAGAAGAAGAAAUGGAAGAAGAAACCCUGGUAUAUACCAUUUGAUGAUCCAUAUUCCCCAGACUGUACUUAUGAGUAGAGUACUUGAAUACUACUUCAUUUUUUCAAUCUUA